AGGAGUUACCAGGCAUGGAGGUGUCCACUCAACCAGAAAAGCCUACACGAGCAGGAAGUAUAGAAGCUGACAAGAACAGCAUCCAAAAUCAACAAGAAUUUCACCUCCAGGCUGGCUUUUCUGCCCCAUCUGACAGAAAAGAUACUAUCAAUAAUACUAAGUUAAACCAGAGAAUGUUCAACUCCUUAGUGGCAAGUCACCAUUCUCCAGCUGUUGAUGACCAGCAUGAUGGGGAAGGUGACCUAAGAGGAGAACUUUCUGCAGCCGCUGGCACUCCAGCUGAGGAUGGAUACAACUGGAGGAAAUAUGGGCAGAAACAGGUAAAGGGUUGCGAAUAUCCAAGAAGCUAUUACAAAUGUACUCAACCAAAUUGUCAGGUGAAAAAGAAGGUGGAGCGCUCUCAUGAGGGCCAUAUCACUGAGAUAAUCUACAAGGGUGCCCAUAAUCACCCAAAACCUCACCUAAAUCGCCGGCCUGGUAUUCCUUCUUCUCACCCAUUCAAUGAUGCUCAGAUUGACAGCACAGAACAACCUGGUUCGCAAACAAAUUGUGAUGGCAAACCUGCAAAAGGAAGCUCACAGAGUGGUAAUGGAGGCCAAGAUUGGUUGGUGAAUGGCCUGGAGGCAACCUCAUCUGCCCCUGCUGCUGCUGAACAGUGUGACCCUUCUAACUCCUUGCCGCAGAACCAAGAUGGUACCCGUUUAUCCUCAGAUGUUAUUGGUGUUUCAUCCACAAUGUCCAAUGACGAGGAAGAUGAUGAUCGAGCAACCCAUGGCAGUGUCUCACUUGGUUGUGAUGGUGAGGGAGAUGAGACCGAGUCUAAGAGAAGGAAGAUAGACGCUUGUGCCAUCGAAAUGAGUGCAGCUUCAAGAGCAGUUCGUGAACCAAGAGUUGUGGUUCAGACGACUAGUGAGGUUGACAUUCUGGAUGAUGGGUAUCGUUGGCGCAAGUACGGACAAAAGGUUGUCAAAGGAAAUCCAAAUCCAAGGAGUUAUUAUAAGUGCACCAAUCCAGGAUGCAUAGUUCGGAAGCACAUAGAGAGGGCCUCACAUGAUCUUAAGUCGGUGAUUACAACAUAUGAGGGCAAGCACAACCAUGACGUCCCAGUGGCUAGAAGCAGCAGUCAUCCAAAUUCUGCUCCUUCCUCAAAUCCCAAUUCAGAUCCUCAACCUCAUAGCCUUCUGCAGAGGUCAGAGCCAACCCAAGACAACUUUGUGAGGUUUGACGGCCAUGCACCUCUUGGCACAUUUAGGUUCCCUGGAAGAGAGCAGUUAGGACCAGCAACUAGCUGCUUCCCUUUUGCACUGGGACAACCAGGCUUGACCAACCUUGCUAUGGCUGGAUUGGGUCCUAUGGCAGCAAUGAAGAUGCCAGUUAUUCCUCCAGUUCAUCCCUAUCUGGGUCAUCAUCAUCCUGCUGAAGCAGGAUAUAUGAUGCAUAAAAUAGGGCCAAAGGAGGAAUCUGCGCCGGAUUCAGUGCUGCCUGUGCCACCAAAUGCAACUUCAGUUUAUCAUCAGAUGAUGAGCAGGCUACCUCUAGGACCGCACCUGUAAAUAACAGAAGGAAAGCUGAAUGCUUCUCUUAACACCGGGAAGAAAAAGAUGCUUCUCUUAACCUCGAUAUCAUCCUUGCUCCUUCAGACUUGCUCCUUCAGACUUGUUCUAGCGAUGUGCUUCUCUAAGAGAAGACCAGGAAUAUAGGUAAGUGCAAUAUAUGUUUUGUUAUCGUCAACAUGACCUGAUAGCAGGCAUAUCGCAAACAUCUCUUUUUAUCGAAUUGAUAAAGAUUGUUCUUCACUUGUCUUUUAGAUUUUAAUACAUCAUCUUCAGAUGGUCUAGUGGAAGGACUGCAGUUUCAUGCUGA